AUGCUACCAACAGCGCUACUCUUGACGUUUCUCGCGGCGGGCCAGGCAGCUUCAUCGGAUACAGCCUCAAACAUCAAUAUCGACUUAGAGCUCACCGCCGUCACCACUAGCGGGACGUACACAGGCUUUGUGGAUGACGCAGCACCCAAUGUGAAGCAAUGGCUCGGAAUCCGCUACGGCAAGGCGCCUGUUGGCCCCAAGCGUUUUAUGCCACCGGAGCCUGCAGUGGAUAUGACAGCCCACUACUAUGCUCGCGAGUAUAAGCCCAUCUGCUUCCAGCAGAGCGGAAACCACACCGGACUUUUCUGGGAGCUUGUGCCCGAAUUCCAGAAUCAGGAUCCACAAAGUGAAGACUGCCUCUACUUGAAUGUCUGGGCACCCAAGAAACCUGCGAAGAAGGUCCCGGUAUUGAUUUGGGUGUGUGGUGGUGGCUUGCAGGAAGGAGGUGGGCAUGCGCCAUAUCAGAUACCUGAUCAAUGGUUGGAGAAGACUGAGAGUCAUAUUGUGGUCACAUUCAAGUCAGCACAACCCUACCGUCUCAAUGUGUUUGGAUUUCCAGGCGCACGGGGUGCGCGCGAAAAUGCGGGCUUCCACGACGCAAGAAUGGCUGUCGAAUGGGCGAGAGAUAAUAUUGGUGCGUUCGGAGGCGAUCCCGAGAACAUGAUCAUAUGGGGUCAAUCAGCUGGCGCGGGCCUAGUCGGUUCCUACAUCUAUGCCAACGGUGAAGAUCCCAUUGUCAGCGGCGCGAUAGCAAUGUCCGGAGCCGUCAACAGCCCGGCACCAGACAACUCCACUAACUUCUCUGAACUUGCCAAAGCUGCCAACUGCGGUGGCCUCAGCGCCAAAGCUGAGCUCUUGUGCAUGCAGCAUGUCCCGGCUUUACGUCUGCAAGACCUACUUCAGGGAUCCGUAUUGCCUGGAAGCAAUACUCCCGUACCGAGGUUCCGCGCCGUCGUUGAUAAUGUUACUGUGUUUGCGAACAACACUGCGCGGUUGGAAGGAAAUUUGACGGCCAAUAUCGUACGUUGCUGA